GUUGACACCACCGAGAAGUACGUGAAGAGCGAGGAGGAUUCGGAUAUCGGCUGCCUGACUGCUAUCUUUUUACCGACAUGCUCCUCUUUCCGAUGAAUCGCGGUAGGACGGAUGGCCGCCGCAAGUGGGGCACCCGAUUUCAGCGGUUCUGGGCUGGAGAGUGGCAAGGACUGCUCGACGAGUCCAAGAAUCUUGCUCAGCAGGGUCGCCACGUAUUCGCUCCACAUGGCGAUGGACCAGUGAGAGACGUGCGUGAACCAUCAUGGGAGGAGAUCAAGCUGCAAGCGACGGAGCGACUGGUGAAGCAGGGGGAGCUGUCACGUGCGGCAAGGCGGCUGACGGCUGCUAAAGUCGCUCCAGCGACAGCUGCAACACUCCAGCAGCUCAAAGACCUACACCCUGCUGCCCCGUCGCCUACCAAGCCGCAGCCCCAGCACAGCCCGGAUGGGCUGCCCACGCUUCUCACUGUCUCAAACAGGGGUUUAUCGGCUGCCCUCAAGACGGCGCCAUGAGAAUUCGCAGCUGGCCCUACAGGUUGGCGGUACGAGCACCUGCGUUCUUGCAUGGCAGAGGGUGACGCAACGGCGCAAGACCAGACCGUCGCCCUACCCUCUCUUGUCAAUCGGAUGCUCCGCUUGAGAUAUGCCGGACAGCUGCACUA